CAAUGAAAAUCUUUGUGGGCGGGGCAAAGAAAAUGUUUUUCUCUUGCGAAUUUCUGCUCAUUUGGUUCAGGCUCACGCUGCUGUGUAAUCAUAUGACGAAGUGGACUUAAAGGAGCGUGAUGAAACACAUUUGAAAUAUGAGGCGGGAGAUCGCAGCUGUGGUGUUUUUUCUAAAGAGGCUUGUGAAAAGGGAGGGGAAGUUGGAAUCCCAGCAGAUUGAGCGGUUUGCUGAGAGGCUGGCUGUUGCCCUGCAGGAGAAGUUUAAGGGGCACUGGUACCCAGAAAACCCCACAAAGGGACAGGCAUACAGGUGCAUUCGGGUUAACAGGUUUCACAAGGAGGAACCAGAACUUCUCCGGGCCUGCAGAGAGAGUGGCUUUCCCUUCAGUGACCUGAGGCUCCCGUGUGAACUCACUCUGUGGGUGGACCCUGGAGAGGUUUGCUGCAGGUAUGGAGAGCAGAAUGCCUGCUUCUCAGUUGCAACCUUUUCCAGUGACAACGAGGACGACAGAGACGUGGCAAAAAAGGUGACCAGUGCUCUGGAGAGGGUCACGUCAGACUACCACUCAGGUUCUUCCUCUGAUGAGGAGAGCACACGGAGCUCCCCGCUCUCCAGCAGCCACAGGCCUCAUCAGACGAUGAACCUGGCUGCUCCUGCGUGGCACCAUAAGAAGAUAGCUGUGGGCAAAUGCCUAACACUCCCUCAGCAUCACUACGGCUACCGGCCGGCUAGGAGGCCCCCCCACGGCGCGAGACGCGGCCUUUGGGUCCCCCCCGUCUAUGGAAACGGCCCUGCAUACUGGGACGCCGAUCACAGAUUGACACACUGUUAAAUACAAAUCCUGGUGCUUAUUAUUCACACUGGAGACGACUUUUAAAGGAUGACCAACUUUUUUAUAUUCCUAAUAUUUUUUUAUUAACUUAAAUAUUUUUAAAGGUCUUUUUGCACUUUAGAAAUUUUUGUUGUAGUUUGAAUCGACGGUCAAAUUAGGCUGAAAUUGGAUGACUAAACUGUACUGUACUUCAUAGCAUAGCUGCACAAAUAUUUUAUUUAUUCUCUGAAAAAUCAUUAGGCAGAUAGUAUUCAAGUCAAGUUUUUUUUAAACCUUUGAAAAAAAAUGUUUGUUUGCUCUAUAAAUAUUCCCUCAAAUAUUGCAGUUGACCUGCAGUGGUUGAAAACUAAAAUAACGGGUGAUUUAUAACGGGUAGUUCUUCACUUUGCGGUUUUGUGGUUGAAGUCACAUUCCACCAGGUUGUUGUAAGUUACGGUUUGAUGCAUGAUAGUGGCGUUUUGUUUUUUUUCCACAUAAAAACAGCUGAUCUGAUGUGGACGGAACACAGAGGUUGUGUUUUUUGCAGCUGGUCAUGAUCGAUUUUGAAAUGUUUAUUGGCAAUUUUGCCAAAUUUAUAAAUGUUCUUUUAAUGUUUGGUUGUUUAAAAAAAAGGUUGGGUUAGAAUUAGAAUUUUUUUUUGUGUGUGUGUACUAUCUGCCAGUGUUUUAUUUCAUAAUCUGUAGGUGGAAAGUGUUUUUAGGAGGACUGACUUUCAUUUUGAUAUAUCUUUGUCAUAGUUGUGUACCAGACUCACUUUUGUGUCAAAAUGUAUUCGAAAUAUAUUUACCCUCUUCUCUUAUUCCUUCAAAGAACAUGAUUUGGUGUCAGUGCAUCACGUUCAUCCACCAGCCUCACAUCUGGUUUGUAUUGUUCUAUAGCUGGAAAAAUAUUGCUGACAUCAAGUCAUGGCUCUGAUCUCUGCUGAUUUUUAGAACAUAAUUAUUAUCCUGUGGCGAUCCUCAAACAUUUAGCAGCGAAAGAUGAAUGUUGAUUAUUUAUCUGAUAAAAAUUACAUCAUUUUUUUAGGAAAUAAAAGAAAUAAAGUUGUAACUGUUCACAUCAA